CCCUGGAUACUUUCAACCGGGCUAACCUGAUCUACCUUUCCACCAACCAUCAUCAUCAUCAUCAUCAUCAUGAUCAUCAUCACCAUAAUGGUUGCUGUUGCAUAAACAGGUUUCCACACCAUGCGACGAACGAAGAACAGGGGAGUGUCGUCCGUCGUCGUACGUACGUAGCACUAGCAGCAGUCGUCAGUCAGUCAGUGUUCUGCUCAUUCUGCUGGUGCGGUGCAUGUGAGACUUGAUCGCGCGGCGGCUGAAUCGCAGUCAGCCGAGGGUGUGAAUAGUUGUUAGUCUACUUUCUUGUGCCUGCUUGGCCUGCUGGGAUUCCGCGAUCGGUUGACCUCUCUCAGUCAGUCAGUUAGUCAGCCAUUCCCUCUAUAGCCUACUCUGGUUAUCGAUGGGAGUAAAUGGGAUCAUACUUUUAAACUCGCGAGGCCGUCCAUGGCACACUUUUCGGGAAUCGCUCAGUGAGUGUAGUGAAGUUAAGAUCGAAUAGCGAUCAAGGGGAAUGCCAGAGGACUGAUUCGGAAAAGGUGAAGAAGUGAAAAGGUCAAAUCGUGUUGGAGCGGAGCACGGCUUAACUCAAACCGGGAUUAGAGCUCCGAUCCGAUCCGACUCGGAGCUGAGUGAUCUGAAGCUCAGCCGCAGGCAGAAAUCCGUAUAUUUAAAGUUUUGUUUAUCUUGUCGCAGCAGAGCAGACCGGUGGAAUUCUAUUCGAUUUGGUGAAGGAAUUUCGGUGACGAAGACGACGACGAGUGUGAUGAACGUGCAUAGAAGAGAGGAAAACAGGUGCGAUAUUUAAACGCUACCCGGCGAAUGAUGCAUGGAAUGGAGAACAUGUGAGUGAGUGAGUCUAAGCAGUACACCGAGUAGUGGAAGAAGGAAAUCGUUAAUCCCCGGAAAAAGAGUUAUUCUAAAGUGGCCGGGAUGAUCGAGCGUUAUUUGGUCGCUUUUUCUGCUUCUGCUCGUGAGAAGUGGCAAAGUAGCGGUUAAUUGUUAGUGGAGAAAUAAAUACAGUUUGUGCUGUGCGUUGUUUUAGUUUGAAUCGGAGGAGAAUGUGCUGUUGCUGCUGAAGCUGGAAUGUUAAUGACCCACGCAUUCGAAACCACCAGUCCAAUAGUGUUGAGCUGUGCAGUGUCAACGUGCAUUCGUUUUCAGUUUCGGUGUCGGAAUUCCAUUCGCAACGACAAUUUGUGACGCGUGAGCAACGCCUACAACAGCAGCAACAACAACAACAACAGAAAUUGCAGCAACAACAGGAACAACUGCAACAGCAACGCUUUGUCGGAAUUUUAGGUCUGUGCAUUGUGCAUCACUGAAAAAAACUUCAACAUAAUUUCGAGCAGAACGGCCAAGGUGGAGCUUUGACCGACCGGAAAAUUCAACAACGAAAAAAUAGUCGAGCAAAAAAUAGUAGUUGUACAUGGUUUGCCCGUUGUCCACGGUUGCGGGCGGCGCCAUUGUCGUGAUCGUGUUUUGGUUUGCUGUAAUGCCAACAACAUUCAAAGCAAGCAUUCGCGUUUAGCCUACUGCGCGCUGCUGCUGCUAGUUUUUGAAAGAAGUAAAAGAAGAGUGCGGUGUGCAACUGAGCGGGAAAAAGAAGAGUGAUUGUUUGCAAUUAAAAGGCAUACUACUUCUAGCAGUUGCAACCAGGUGCGGCGUAUGAGGUAAUACUCUGGAAGCCGGUUGCAGUUUGAAGAUUUGGUGUGCAGCACACAAAAAAUGAAGAAGUAAAAGCACAAGUGGUGUCAGGAAAGGAAAUUUACAGAGUGCUGUGUGGUGUAAUUUGUACCGAUUGUCGAAAGUCAUUUACCUUAGGCAGUGCUGUGGUGGUGCAAAAGGAAAACAACAAAAAGUGCAUUGAUUUCGGAUCCGACUGUUCAGCGCUGAGAGAUUGAACACAUCGUCGUCGUAGUAGCCCGAAGUUUGUCGCCUAACGACGAGUUCACGUGGUAACCUUAGCACACAGGCAAGAAGGCAAGGGAGUGGUGUUUUGUUAUUGCUCUUGUUGCCAACAAGUUUGUCUCAAUCUGCCUGCCUACUGUGACCCAGAGCAAACUGAUGUUGAGGAACCGGUUUGCAAAUUUUGUUGCUGCGUAACAGCCCCUCAGCGGCCAACGACAGCUUAAUUGAAAGAUCUUCAUCAUCGCUGAAUUGAGUUGAACUCCCGAAAGUGCGAUCGCACCACUACACCCAGAGGAGAAGUGUUGCUUAUCAGAGACUGAAGAAGAGUGCGAGCCCACUCUACGAUGCGAUCCACAUUGGAGGCGAGGUUUCCUACCACCUGCUGAUCCACCGUCAUCAUCAUCAUCACUGAUCACCGAUCGCCGAUCGCUACCGAAAUACGCACCACGAGUACUUGGAUCGCGCCAAAUCGGGGGUGUAACAACUUCCGAAUGACCUGAUCGUGUGCGUAGGCCUCGAUCAUAAGUACUUUCGGAUAUUGAAGAGAGACUUGGGCAGCACCGGUUCGAACUAGAGCGAGCCUCUUCAAGCUCCCACCCAUCAUCAUCAUCUCGAUCGACUCUCGCUGAUCGACGACUGAUACCCGAUCCUCUCGUACGCCGAUCGUCGUUCCAAAACCCGAGCAGCGGAACCCGAAGACGGCUACCUCCUUCUACAGUACGUUAAUUAUCGCCGCUGGCCAAGGCGGCGGAGCAAGCGACGAAGACGAUCCGGACCAGCAUCAGCGUCAUCAACAUCAUCAUCAUCAUCACCAUCUCCAUCAUCAGCAAUAUCGGAAGAAACAUCGUCGGCCCUGGGGAGGAGGUGGUGGCGGUGGCGGAGGGCGUACGAUCGGCGGCGGCGGCGGCGGCAGUGGCCACGCUAUCGGCCGAAACUUGAGGCGCUUCGAUAUCGGCAAAAUGGAGCACUCGGAUUUAGUUAGCGAGAUGGCUCAGGUCGAGCAUCUUUCGACGCAGGAUCGGCUGCACCUCGCGCGGAUGCGCCGGGCCCAACAGCUGAAGGUGGCCAAACAGCGCGAAAAGGAAUGGCUCAAGGCCCAGCGGAGCAAGGAAAGGAUGGCCCAGCAGCAGCACAUGUCCACCUACAAGCGGCACAUCACCUUCGAGGACAGCGUGGUCCUGCUGGAAGCGGCCGCCCGGAACGACAUUGCCGAGGUGGCCAAACUGCUGCAGAAGGGUGUCACUCCGGAUGCGACCAACAUGGAUGGUCUGACGGCACUGCACCAGUGCUGCAUCGACGACAACGCGGAGAUGCUGAACCUACUGCUGGACUACGGUGCCAACGUGAACGCCCAGGACAGCGAACGGUGGACACCGCUGCAUGCGGCGGCCACCUGUGGCCAUCUGAAUCUGGUCAAGAUUCUGAUUGGCCGAGGGGCUAACCUGCUGUCGGUGAAUGCCGACGGGAACAUGCCGUACGACAUCUGCGACGACGAGGAAGCCCUGGACUACAUCGAGGCGGAGAUGUCCAAGCGGGGAGUGACGCAGGAGCUGAUCGACGAGACGCGAGCGGCGACCGAGACGCAGAUGCUCAAGGAUCUGCAGGACACGGCCGCCCAGGGUGGGGAUCUGGAAGUACCUGACAGCCAGGGCGCGACGCCGCUUCACAUAGCGUCCGCCAAUGGCUACACGAGAGUAGUUGAGUUCCUAUUAGAGCAGCAUGUAUCAACGGAUGCGGUGGACCACGACCUAUGGACACCGGUGCAUGCGGCCGCUUGUUGGGGUCAGCUCGAAGUCCUGGAGAUGCUAGCGCAAAGUGGCGCCGAUUUGAAUGCCAAAAACAAAAACGAUGAAACACCUUCUGACAUUUGCGAAGAUCCGGAAAUUCGCGAGCGGAUAGAGCAGCUCAAAUCGGAACAGGAGAGCAAACGACUGGCCGAAGCCCAGCGGAAGCGGGUGCGGCGAUCCCAAAGCAAUAACACCAGAGCCCAAUCGGUGCGGCGGACAUCCCUGCGGGACAAGGGUCUCACCACCAAGAAGGACGCCGUCGAGGAAGCCCGAUUUCGGUUGCAGGCACAAGAGGGCUACACGACACCGGAUGGGCCAACAUCAAAUACUAACACCAAUAACAGCUCAACGACGAACGCAGUCGUCAAUAACAGCACCAAUAUCAAGAAUACCAACAACGGUCAUCUUAACUCUGUAAAUAAUAAUAACAUCAACGCCACCAAUAACGGUAACUGCACGACGUUGAAUAACGGACUGAACAACAAUACUCGUUACAACAAUCACCUGAACAACAACAACAACAUCAGCAGUAGCAAAGACCACAACUACGGUCCACCUUCUGCGGGGGCGACGAACCCCUCGUCCACGACCUCCUCGGCGUACUCCUCGCUCAACCAGUACGACCGACGGUCACCCGAGGGCAAGGACAAUGAUUCCUACAUGAGCGAGUCCAGCGGAAAGAUGCUGAACAACAACAGCCACAACCUGAAUAACAACAACAACAAUAGCAGCAGCAAGAUACUAGCCUUAUCAUCCUCCUCUCCAUCCUCCACAGUCAAUGGUAAUCUAGUCAGUAGCAGUAGCGGUAGUAAUAGCAAUAGCAAUAGCAAUCCAGCGAACAACAUUCCAAAUACGGGUGCGGUGGUGCCGGGAUCGACCACCACCACCGCGGCGACGACGACAACGGCAACGGCCGCGGAAGUGUACUCCACCUCCAACAACGAGAACGGCAAGAUCAACGUCCAGGUGACGGUCCUAGUGGGUGAGUACCGGAAGUCCCUUCGCCAGCAUCCAAGCUACUGCUACUAUGGCGGCCCGGAUCCUAGCAUGUCCGAUGCGAGAACCUUAGCCGAUCUGAAGAAGCACCGCUCGCAGAACCGAUCCAGCGUGAGUCCGGAAAAUGGAUCGCUCCUGAGUGCGCAGAGUCUGGGCAGCCUGACGACCGGCCCCAACGGACAACCCCUGGAGCUGUCACUGGUGUCGACGACGGCCUCCUCGGAUCACCCGUAUUCGUCGUUGCAUGGCAACGGAAACGGCAGUCUGGUGGUCGACAAAUCCGCCGGUAUUUCCACGGUGAGCUCUUCCGGGAACGGUUCACUGGUGAUGGGAGGCGGAACGGCAGCGACGGCAGUGGCAACGGUUGGCGGUACUGAGACGGGAACGCCCAGUGGGACGCUGAACAAGUUCAGCGGCAAUACCAGUGACGUGGUUAGCGACAGUACUCGGUCCAGACGCUGUUGUGUGGUGAUGUAAGGUAAGUCGUCAGCUGACAGUUAUAAGUGUAUACGUCAUAUCAAAGCAAGCUGGAAGAAGUGGGCGUGGCGAAGCAACAAGGAAGAGCAAUACACCACUGAGAAGAAGAGAAGUGGAUCUAGCCCUAGCUAAACAAGUGAGAUAGAGUAGGGUAGGAUUAUGUAGCUGGAAAGCAACUGAAAGUUGUGAUAUAUACGAUUUGUGGUUUACACGUAUUAUUUUUUCAUAUAGGUUAGGCUCGACUUUUUUCGCGCGCGUUUUCUUGCUUGCUCCUCCCCAUCGUGGAGAUGUAGAUAUCUAUUUGUAUAAAUUGUGUAGUAAUUGUUGUGUAUAGGUUAUUGUACAUGAUCAUUAUAUUGGCCUUUAUUUGUUUCGUCCUUGCUCCGACAUUGUCUUCCCCGGUGGGUAACAGAAUGCGGUUUACCAUCGGCUUCAAAGUUUUUGAAACACUACAAGUAGAAACACAGAACGCAGUAUUCAAGAAUAGUACUUAACCUCUCAGAUUCAUCAUUACACUGUCGGUAUUAGCUAGGUUUUUUCGCCUGUAUUUUUUUCAUGGUCUAUUUACUUAAAACUGUUUAGUCUUGUCAAAGCAAAAUGUCAAAGAUAGCAUGCGAAUAGCAACGUAUACAAUAUCAACCCAUCCAAGUGUCGAUUGUGUCUCCAAAGUUCAAAGCUUGAAUAAAUUGUACCAUAUUUUGUGAACUACCCUGAGUUUCUUUAAACUAUUUCUACGUCUUUACUUACUAUUGGAAGUCUUUUUUAAAACUGUGAUAAAACUUAAGUUGUGAACAAUUAUUUGUUCCAUUAAAUUUAUUACCGAAUAACGUGUCAUGAUUUCUGAAGCAUCCAAUCAACUUCAUGGAGUCAAGUUUGUAGUUUCUUCCAAAAUUAGCGUGGUUCUCCUGAAAUCUUGCGAUCUUUAAGUUUUAUAAAGGUAUCAAAACCGUUUUUAUGUUGAACCCUUUGAUCUGAUCAUUAGAACAGCCUUUUAGUCAGAUCUUUUUUAAAAAAGUGUAAUAGUGUGACACUCCUACCAAAAACAAGCAACACUUUGAACUCGAGGCCCUUCUGGACACUUGGAUACAUUAAACACAAUAUCAUCCAUCAAAUAGCAACAUAGUCUGAUUAGGCGUCUAGUACGCAUGUAAAUACACAGUGAAAAAACUUCAAUAAACACCAAUAAACACACACAAUUACCGAUUCAAUUACAAGAAGCACUUGAACCGAUACCUAAAUAGAAUAUGAACAAUAAAAGCAUCACUUUCAACUGGUUCAAAUGUGGUACGAUCGCUGAUGGAAACAGAGAAAUUAUAUUUACAUAGCUCCUCCCAAACGUUACGAAUAGAAUAUUACUAUUUUGAGUUUUAUUACGGUUAUCAAAAGCCACAUGUGGUUUUAUAAGCGUAAUAAAACCAAACAUCUUGCUCGGGAUGGAACACCUAAUCCAAGUGACGUUGAGAUUAUAUACAGAAACCGGUAACAUAGAUCCAAUACACAUACAUUCACUUGAAACUUCUGGUUCAACCCGUUCGAACAGGUUCGUUCGUAACUGUGACAGUUGUUAGGUCUUUCAAAAAAAAAACACUCAUUUCCUCUUAACUAGUUAUUUAGUUGUUAAUCAUUCAAAGAAGAUACUUAAUCAGUAGAAGAUGGAACCAAUGAUUUUUUUUUUAGUUAAAUUGUUAAUGGAUCCGAACCGAAUGAUACGAAGAAUACUUAAGAUUAUUAUUAUUAUUAUCAUUUAGUUAGUUAUCAUCAAUCGUAAAUAUUGGUUAAUUUGGUUACAACUAUUGUAUGCCGCGCAGCGCAAGCUUACACCAGUUCAGUUUUAGGUUUUCGUUUAGUAGUUUUUGUUGCAACUUCUCACACCCUGAAUAUACCGUAUUCGAUCCACACGAUUAGUCAAAUGCAAAUACACAUUUACAAUACACAUACACUCACAAGUGAAUCGCAACACGAACACAAGCAUAUAAACAGACUCACACACACAGAAAGAGCAAGAGAGGAGAGCAGUGAAGAUCGAAGCAAACCCGAAUCGUUAUCAGAGAAAAACUUAAGAUGAACAGUAAAGAUGAAAGAGAAAUAUAUUUCAAUCGAUUUAUUGGAAAAUGUUUAGAUAA